AUGCCCAGCUAUAUCGAGCCGGGUCUUCAUGGCCUUUGGCAUUUUCUCUUUCCCCCUACAAAUCGUGAGAGGGGAUGGCUUUCAUGGCAGCUCAUUCCCUCAGUAAUUAUUCUGUUUACUACACUCGAGAUCGGACUGAUUGUGAGCAUCGAGGUCCUUCUCCGCCUAUCUCAAAAGAACAAUGGGUUUGUGACCGUCAACCUGCCCGACCCCAGCUUGGUCUCAGCAGAUCCUUUCAAGCAAUCCCAUUGGACUCAGAAAUAUCUUUGGACCACUAUACCCACAUUCAUCAUCACACUUUACAAGCUGUGUUGGACCUCUAUCUUCACUGAAUUUUGCAUUAGACAGCCCUUCAUUGAGAUGGCAAAGCCAGAAGGUUCCAGGGGAAAGAAUACUGUUCUUUAUGAGUCUCAUUCUCCUUUUAUUGCCUGGGCCUAUGCUUUCAAAAACGGUCAUCUUAUGCUCGGGUCCACAAUUCUGGCCUCAUUUAUUGCUCUCAUCCUCCCUCCCCUGAUGAGUAAUCUCUUCUCCAUGGGGGUCAUCUCGCAGUCCUCACCUGCGAGUAUGACAGUCAUGACUUCAUUUAAUGACACAGCUGUUGACUCUAGAACAAAUUAUCAGACUGUGCUUAAUGUCGUCUCAGCAGCACGUAUCUAUGGUGCGAGUCUUCCCCCCUGGACCACAGAGGAGUAUUCUUUCCCAACAUUUGCGCCUAUAAGUGGGAAAUUAACAGCCGCCGAAAACAGCAGCUUGGAGCUGGCAGCGUUCUCUGCGAAUCUAGGUUGCCGAGACAUGGCUUCCUCUAGCCAAGUCAUCAAUAGUUCGAAGGGCUUCAUGUUCAGUGCAACCGAUCGUGGCUGUCGGAUCAAUAUGCAAACCCCGGCCACCGCUGGUGCAACUGUUUAUAUGAGGACUGCCUAUAUUGGAGAUUGUGGCAGCAGUGCAGGCUUUCGUCGUCAUGUCUUUUUAUCAGCUCUUCUCGCAGACAACUCAACCUCUUCGGCAGCACCAAUGCUGACCAAUGUCAGUUUCAUUUCAUGCACAAUGGAAUACUACUGGACAGAGGGCACCCUUCUAGUCAGCUCACAUGGAAAGCAUGGAAGUACACCAUCUAUUGUGUCCUUCAAACCAACAGCAGAACCAGAAACCUGGCUUCCCACCUUCUGGGGCAGUCUCGAAUUCAUGAUUCAUCAAAUCAACCAGUUUGAUCCAACCGGGACCUAUUCCUCUGAUGGCUUGGGCCUAUUGAUCCUCGCGUACUCUGAGCAGCUAGCGGGAUUAUCUGGCCGUCUGCGUACCGACAUUUUGAUACAAGCCAUCCAGGACAUAUAUAAGUCCAUACUUUCUGUAUCAGGAUCAACACUCUUCUUCCAGCCCAUUCAAAAUGCGAGUUCCCCAGUUGCUGGUCGAAUCUAUAAGCCUAUCAACCGGCUUUUCGUCGAGGAAAGCACUGCCCAUCUCAUGCAGGGUAUGCUCUCCUUUCUAACAGUAUGGACUGUACUCGUCAUGAUAUACUCGUUCUUCAGGCGCUCAAUCCUGAGGGAAGAGCCAUUAGGACUUCUCGGGGCUGCAGAACUUAUCUACGGUGGUGAUCUGAAUGGCAUCGCUGCUGCCUACAGGAACGAUAAAGUGAAGUCGAAGGGUAUUUUCCAGGAUUUUAUCGACAAGAAUGGAUAUAAAGACAUCAGGUUUAAGGUGACUAGUGAUGAAACAGAGAGGCCAAUAAUUACCGUCGUAAAGUCUGGAGAUUCGAGUAGUGAGAGAAGUUCCGUCAUCUUGAACGGGCCUUAA